CAAACAAAUAAUAUAUAUAAAACAAUGGAUGAUGGCAGAGAAUCAAUAGAGGUGCUGCCAACUGAACAUGAGAUUGAGGAGAAGAAGAAUGGUAAGCGUCAGAAACAAAAGGUUCCUCUACAGCCUGGUCACAGUCAAUUGGAUUGGAUGAGGAUCCAGAGCGGAAGACACAUGUCACAACAGGCUCGUCAUGGUCAAAUCUUCUCAAUCGAGGAGUUGAAGAAACACAAUAGACCAGACGAUGCUUGGACCGUAUACAAAGGAAGAGUGUACGAUAUCACUUCUUACUUUAGCUACCAUCCAGGUGGUGAUGUCCAACUAGCAAGGGCUGCUGGAAAGGACUGCACCAAGAUGUUUGAGUUUAGACAUGGAUGGGUUAACUUUGAAGCAAUGAUGGAUAAGUUAUUCAUAGGUUAUCUGGAA